UUUUUUUGUAUUUGCUGCGUUUCUUCUUUAAAAAUGGCAGCUAACAUUUAAAACUAAAAUUAAAAUGUAUUUUAUCUGUCUUAAUGUAAUGAACCGUACAGUUCCAUACAUAAAAUUACUCAAAGGGUGACUGUUUGAAAGUGAAAAUUAAAAAAAAAGAUUUUGAAGCAUAAAUAAAUAAAAUGUCGAAGAAUUCAAAACAUAAGCUAAGUGUCUGCAUUUGUUUAUUGUGCGGUCUUCCAGCUGCAGGAAAAACAACACUUCUCAAUUCCUUGUUAAAAUUAAAAAUACUCGGAUGUACCAAGAAGAAAAAUGCCUCAAAAACAGUAGAUGACUUUUGCGUUUUCUUACCAGAAGCUAAUAUUAAUAAAGUAGAAUUAAAUUCACAACGCUUAUUUGUUGGUAUAGAAUAUGACUCAUUGCUUCCUUCAAAUUUCAAUGAGAAACAACAGGAACAGGCUAGUACUAGUACUACUUCUACUAUCCAAUCCAAAGAAAGGAAUGCAGAAGUAGGUAAAUUUGGCUUUAAGAGAUUAGUUGACUUGAAAUUUGAAACCAUGUUAAAAUGAGUAAAACCAGGAUUAAUGGGAACACUUGGAUUAGUCUUUGCACUCUGUGGCUUGACAUGUCACAUUUAUAACGAAUUAAGAUAGAAUAAUGACAUUAAGGAUAAUCAGUUUUCAUGAUUUCAUGGAGAUAGCACUAAUUUAAAUUUACAACUAUAAUUUAUAGUAUACUAUACAUCAGCGUUUCCCAAACUUUUAAGAAUUACGGACUGGUGGACAAAUUUCGAAACUGCACCAGGGACUGAUGCCAGAUUUAUUAAUUACAUUUUCUUUCUAUUUAAACAUCAAUAUUCAUGCUCUCUGGACUGGUAACGUAAGGCUUGCGGACCCGUGUCGAUCCACGGACUACCGUUUGAGGAACGCUGCUAUACAUUAGACAGUUUAAAGUAGUUAAUAGCCACAUAUUGAAGUUGAAGUUUCCUGUCCCUAUGUUCCAUAUAACCGGUACCUUAUUCAACUUAAACAUGUAUGUUUUUUAUCACUAUAGUGAUGCCAUAGUCAUAGUAGUGUUAUCAAGAUCAAUGACAACUGUUUUGGUCUCUAUGGCACCAAGCAUCAGGUCCUAUUUCACUGAUGAUUGUCAGUUGCAUUAGUCAUUAGUAGCCAUUAGUUAGGUGCAUAAGAUAUAACGAUGAAAGUAUUUAUUUCUGAUAAUUGAAAAUGUAGGCUUACUAUAAAUGUAAGGUUUGAAACCAACACCGCACCGGUGAGCAUGGGCGCAUUGCACAAGGUCUGAAAGGGCAAAUUAUUAUGUGGGUCAGAUAUUAAUUAAAUGAAAGAAAGAGUAUUCUCUCCACUUUCUAUUUCCUGUUGUUUCUUCAUUUGUUCUAUCUGUUAAGGAAGGCUCUUAGUCGACAUGUUCUUCUUUUAUUGUCCUGUCUUUAUAUUUCAAGCUUCCACAUACCUUGUUCCACUAUUUCUCUCCCCCAGAAUUGCAUUUAUGGUGCUUGAUGGCACUAGCAUGUAACAUUGUCAAGAAGCCUUAGAUCAAAGUCAUUUAACCUUUUGUUGAAAUUUGAAAAGUUGUUUUGGUUUACUUUUAUUUUGUGAAAAUUAUAAUUAUAUGAUAUUUUAUUAUCUUCACAGAUUAGUGGAGUUUGGAAAUAUGCCAGAUAUGAGUUAUUAUCAUUAGUGAAAGCCUUGAUCCAAUCAUCAAAUGACUGUUUUCAAAAGGAAUAUUUUUCAUUUAUUCGACCAAAGGAAACUAAAGCUGAGACCUGGAUUAGAUUUUCUCCCAUUCUGGAUUCACUGAGUCUCUCAUGGAGUAUAGAUAUAAAUGAAGUUCUCAUUAUUAUUGAUGACAACAUGUAUUUUCGCAGUAUGAGAUAUGAAUACUAUAAAAUAGCCAGAGAAUGUAAGAAUGUGAAAUUAUAUAAAAUCUCUAUUAUCCCAGUUCAUGGAACAAACAUAAUUUUAAAAGAUUCUCUAAUUAUCUCAAUAAAAGGGAAGUGGAGGAGGGUGCAGUUACACGUUAGUAUAAAUAAAUGUAGCAAUAUACAAAGGAACCUCGGAUCACAAACACCCUAUGUAACGAAAAAAAUUAAUGAAAAAAAUUUGAGAAUAAUUUUUGUCUCGGUUAAUACACGAUACUUGAGGGUUAUGAACAUACGCAGAGACAUGUACACACAAUAAACUUAAUUUGUCUGAGUUUUGUGUCCGAGAGAAAAGUGUUAUUGAAGAUAUCAUGUUAGUGUGGAAAUACAGAAAGAAAUUAUAUUAAAACAUGAUGAGAUGGCGAAAUCGAAAAUCUGUACACUUUUAAAUUUAAAGAACAAAAGGGCAAUGAAGGCGGGUGAUGUUGCUAAAGGAAUGCCUCGGUUUAAAAUACCAUAUUUCUAAGGCUAGAAUAGAUUAUUUGAAUUUACAUUAAUUUCAAUUGGAACAUUUAUUUUGGUUUUGCAAAUGUUUUGGUUUAAAAACAUAGUCACAAAAUGGAUUAAGUUUGUUAUCCGAGGUUCCAGUCUAUCCAUUGAAUUAGUGUUUAAAUUUUUUUUUUUUAUUUGCUUUUGCAACUGCAUUUACUAAGUACCAUGUGGUAAAUUGUAAAAGUUAAAUUGGGACUAAACUAAUGAUUGAAAAUAGUACAAUACAAAAGAAAAUUUAAUAACUUGUCAUUACGCUAUAACUGGUAGGAUCUCAAUGUGAAUUUUAAAACGAAUUUAAUUCUAAUCAGUUCAAAAAUGCUGUUUUCAGAUGAAACAGGCUUUUGUCAAAUAUUCAUGGAAGUCCCAAUUGAGGAUGUUAUUGACAGGAACCAGCAAAGAUCCAAAAAAGUUCCAGAUGAUGUAAUUCUUAAAAUGUCUACCACUUUACAGGUUCCAGAUCCCGACAAAAACAAUUGGGAAGAGUUCAGCUUGACUGUCAGUUCAUCUAGUGAUUCACAGCUGUAAGUACUCCUGGCCAGAUUUAUUUCGUAAAAGUUAAAAGGCAAGAGCAUAGGUUAGACAUUGUUUUAGACCCGAUGUUUCUAAAAUCAGGUCAUUUUUACAGUUUACUAUGAUUUAUCAAUUUUAACCCUUUACAGUCCGUUGCGCCCAAAAUGCGCCGAUUUUUUCCUUAAGCCUUCAGUCCAUUGCGGCCAAACCCGCCUGUUUUGAGGUUGUUUACUUUCGUUCACAGCGGAAAUCCAUUGCCCAUUAGAAAGCCUUGUCGGCAUUUUUUUAAAUACUAGUGAAGAAAAUAGUAAUAGUAGAGACAUCGAUGACAACGGACAUCUCAAUUCCACUCCAACUGGUCAGCAAGAUCAUCAGUGGUCUGGGAAUGUUUCACAAAUCAAAGUGGGAGGCUCGCUGAAACUCUUUAAAGGUUUAAAUUUUGCUUAAAUCAUUUAUUUUUAUUUAGGUAUUUUAUUUUCUUACUUCUAGUUUAUUUUCUGUAAAUUAAUUAGAUAAAGAACCUUCAUUUAAAAUGUAGUUAUGUCCCCUUGCUUGGGCGUUGGGAGUAGACAAGGCUAAAUAGGCUUGGACUGUAAAGGGUUAAACUCUUCCAAGUGAAAAAAUAAUAUUUUUAAUUUUAAACUAAAAAUACAUUAUUCUAUUUUGCUUUAUUUUAGUUGGUUGAACAAGACAUCCAUCUGUUCUUGAGCUCUACUCUGAUAGCAGACAUAUAAUAGUUUAGCAAGGUGCAGACUACAGAGUUCUAAGACAUGCAUCUUCUGUGGGGCAUUACUCUGACUUUAGUAGCUUCUUUGUCAAGGUGAAACUGGAGAUGCUGAAAGCCUGAGGAAGCUGGGUUAAUUUGUAGACACUGCUACUCAUGCUAAGCUUGGUGGACUUUGAUCACACAUAUGUGUCAAGGAUGAUUCGAUUCUUGUUGGAAGUCAGCCUUCCGACUAGUUAUGAAGGGAGAAAUGGCUAGGGCAGGGUUCUUCAUAGAGACUAGCAAAAGAGACAUCACCCUGUCCACUUCAGCAUAAAUUUCAAUAUCGGCUUGGUUAGGAGAAGUUCCAGGAAAUUUACCUUCUGGGUAAUUCCCAAGUUGGGCCAUUAUUUUCCAUGGCUGCCCUGACUGUUUGCUUUAUGUUCUAAAGUAGUAAGCUGGGAGCAGAAUUUUUUCUUUUCUUUUAGAGGAUACAUUUUUUUUCUCACAGGUUUGCUACAAUUCUAAUAUGAAACAUCUGUUUACUUAGCUCUACUCUAAUAAAGUAAUUGAGAAGAAAUAAUUUUUUCCAUUAUCAAAAUGUAAUUUCGCUUUCCCUUACAGAGAACAGAUAAUGUCUUGUAUAGAAAAGGCAUUUAUUAAUCCUGUCCAACCUGCUAAACCAUCGUGUGAGGAUGAGAGUUCAAAAAAUCGCAUUCAGUGCUCUUCAAGUUUAAUUCAUCAAGCUGAUCUCAUAUUGAGGAAAUGUGUUGCAGCAUGGUUAGCUAAAUGUAAGCUCAAACAUAAUUUUCACUGAAACUAUUUUCAUAAGGAUGGUACCGGUACACAAAAAUUGACUUUUGCUCCUUGCAAUCAAAUUAAAAUAUGUAAAGUGAAACCAGUGAAUAGUGUACCGGGUACUUUGAAAUAGCAAAUACGCAACAACAAAAAAACACCUUGAAGUAGCGCAAAUCCUGUCAAACAUGAAAUGCACAAGGGUUCUAUGGGAUAAAAGCGUGUUUACCCAUGCGAAUAGCACAUGCCUCACCAUGUUGGUGCAGAAUUACAUCAUACACAAGGUCUAGCGCAGACCCUUUGGGUCUCUAAUCUGUCUGCUUGCUAUCAAGCUGUGUGUUUCUUAAGUCAUGAUGAAACGGCAUUUUGUCAUUAGUUAUGCCACGAGGGUUGUGAAUGAACUGUGGUUAUCAUGUGUAAAUCUUCCUAACACAUAGUGAUUGCAAGACAACGAUAUUACUGCAAUACACAUUUAAUCUAGUGUUAAGUUGUUCAUAACAGAUUUGUCAAAACCUAUUGGCUACAUGUACUUGAACUGCAUGAAGAAUGUUUAAGUCUCAUAUGCCAAGUCUCAUUGUUCUGUGGUUAUUAUACACUAGUUAUAUCCCGAAAAAAAAUUGGUGAACUUCCCAUCUACAAAACAUGCAUGCAAGUAAUAAGUAAUGCACUUUAUUAGAAUCCCAAUUAGUGCUUACCACCCCCCCCCCCUCAAAAUGCCACUGCACCCUAAACUAUAUUAUAUUCUUAUGUCCCACCCCUCUUUUACAUUGCAGAUUUAUUACAUCUUAUUUAAAUUGAGACUACCUGCACUGUUCAAAACCAAAAGAAAAAAUUAUGCACCAGAUGCACUUGCUGUAUAUUUGAGAAUCUCAUAUAGCUUAGUUAUCAGAAACUUUAUUUUGCACACUAUUGACCAUUACACCAUACAUUCUUUCAUAUCUUGAGAAUUAAAUUGAUUGAUUCAUGUAAAUGCAUGCACUUUCUGUUUCUUUUCUCAUUUCUUAUUAUUUUCAAUGUGCAGAUGUCCUCUUCUUUCAAGUUAUGUUGCAUGAUCAUUGUUAUGGCUGAACCCGCAAAUAGUAAUAGCACCUUCCCUCCAAUAGCACCAUGUCCGCUUCAGUGCUCAGGGUUUGUUCCAUUCACAGGUUUCAUUGUGAUGAUAAUUGUAAUUACUUUGUGGAGUUAUACACUUCAUUGUUAAAGAAAAUAAUAAUAAAGAUUUUACAAAAAUGUCAUUUUGUACCUUUUAGCUAAACUUGGUCAAAAGCUGGAUGACUUGAAGCAGCUCAGCAAGCAAGCCAAUGAAACUAAAUCCAAUAUUCUUAAAGGGCUCAAGUCUGGAGAAAUAUUGGUUUCUUUCCAAAAGGAUUCUGUUUUGGAACUAAGUGAUGCUGCCCAAGACCCAAACUGUACUUUCUAUAAAUAUAUCAAAGAACUGUUUGAUUUAGACAUCAAGGCUCACAGUUAGCGCCACUUGAUAGUGUUAGGCAACUUAUUCAUUCAAAGGACUUUGAUAAAGCACUGAUUCCUUUCAGAGGUUUGCUAUCCUUUAAGUUUAAGCAAUGUUUGAAAGGGAAGCCCUACCCAUUGGGUAAGCAAUGUUUGAAAGGAAGCUUUACCCAUUGGGUGAAAAGUGUGUGCUGCUGUGACUCAACUUUAACAUCUCUUGUGGACUUUGAAUUUUACAUUGGUAAUCUGACAUUGUUAUGCCCAAUUAACUGUUUAUAAUGUCAUUAGAAAUUUAGGAACCUUAUUUAAAUAAAACUAAAAGACAUCAUUUUUAUUUUGACAAUUUUUUUUUUUUUUGAACUUAAGUACACGACUUGUACUGAUCUAUGAUGCCAAUAUGGGUGGUGUAGACAUACGUGAUCAACUGGUAUGCUAUCCUACUGGCAGAAACAGUCGCAAGAGGUGGAGAGUUCCACUUAAUGAAUGUUUUAUGCAAGAGGUAGCAUACAUUUUUUACCAGGGCAUGGCCCACCACAUAUCAAAGCCAGUUUCCCAUUUCGGGAACAACUGGAGGUCCCUGCUGCUGGUUGUUUUGAUGUUCCUGGAACUUUUGUGGAACAUUGUAGAGUUUUCCACCUAGGAUGCAAAAAAAAUUGUUUUCAGUGUGGUACAGAGGCCCAGUGUGGUAAAGAUCUUAAACUGUAUUUGAAAUUUGGGUGCGUGUUGCAAAGCACACAUCUGUGUGAUGAGUUCUGCUUUGCCCAGUUCCAAAACUGUACUUAGGCUAUACUUAUUUCACACAAAAAAUGCAAUUAUUGUCUGAAAUUUACUUGUGUACAUAUUUUUUUUUGUACACCCAUACAUGUUUGGUAACAUCUUACAGGGAAUUCAUUUUCAACAUAAUGAAUUUAUAAUUAAAGUCAAAUAUGUUUAUACAGGGUGGGCUGUGAAAAAGUAGCCAGUCUCCAUUGAUUAUAAGACAAGAAAACUGAGCUAGUGGCUUUUUUUUAUUUCCUUUUCACAAGUUACAGCAGAUCCUGGGGCAUUUUCCGGAAAGAUUUUUAAUAUAAAAACAAAAUUUGGGAUGAAUAAGAAGUGGAAUAACUUGACUAGUCAAUGUUUGGCUACAAUAACUUACAUAUUUUUUUUCAAAGUAUAGAAACCAAAUGUAGAAAAAGAAUAUGUUUGGCCUGUCUUAAUGUUUUCUAUUUUAAAUAGCACCACAAUUGAUAUUGAAGUGAAUAAAAAUGUUUUCAUUAACCAUCAGCAAAUUUUGCUUUGCACUGUUGAUUUUACCUUAGUUAUCUUCAUUUCAUAAAGUUCACAUGGGCACAUAGAGCCUAUUUGACAAAGUCCAACAUGAUGUAUUUGGAUUGGCAACCUCUGAACAAUAAUAAUUUAGGUUGGCGUGAAAUAAAGAG